AUGGCCGACCUCCAGCGGCAUAGAAGGAUCAGGAAUACCUUCAGUGUGCACGUCAGCGAGGUUCCAAAAGGCAUCUCAGGUUUUCAAGAACUUCUAAGUCCUCCAGCUGCAGAAGCAACAAUUUUAAAGCCUUCCGUGGAUGCAGGAGACAGGGUGUCGCCAAGCCUGGCAGACAUGUACCUACAAGCAAGACGGGAGAAAUGCGUCCAUUAUGUGUUCCUUGUCAGCGACCCCGUCUCCCUCCUAAGUCUGUUGGACGUCCUCUACUACAACACCCUCGACCUCCUCGCCAAGUUUGUCCUCGUUACACACCUCCAGAGCCCAGCAGUGUUCUUAGUUUCUUACAGAUAUUCAUGUACAGGUAUUGUCUAUAAUAAAGACAUGUUUAACGCUUCUCCCAUCAACAAGAUGACUAAAAUGCUGCUAGUCACGCCCUCUAGCACCGUCGACAUACCACGUCUACACCUGUACACUCACCUCUUCUUCGUGGGUAAAGAGCGCGUCUCCUUGAUGAAGGUGGGUGCUUGGCCGCCAGCACCAGCCUGCUCAUCCACCCUCAACUGGUUUCCUCAGAAGCUGACUAACUUUCAUGGUUUCAAGCUCCGAGCGACAACGUUCCAAUACCCACCGUUCACCAUCUUGGAGCGUGGGCCGGCCGGUGGGCUGACCUACGGUGGGCUGGAGGUGGGCAUCCUGCUUACCCUGGCAUCGGCCCUCAACUUCACGGUAGAGAUUGUGGAGCCUAGAGACGGUGAGAAGUGGGGCACCCAUCUAUCCAAUGGCACCUGGACAGGGGCUGUCGGGGAGACGAUACGAGGGGAGACUGAUGUGUCUUUCGCUAACUACUUCAUCACCGCCGAUCGUCUCAAGAUAAUGGACAUGACACGACCAUACUACAUCGAUUACACCUGCUUCGUCACCCCUAAACCCAGGCCGCUACCCCAGUAUACUGCUGUCACCUGGCCGUUCCAGGUGAGCGUGUGGGCAGCGGUGGGUGUUGCAGGUGUUGUGUUGUGUCCAGCUGUGCACCUGGCAGGUCGUACUGAACCCGGGACCUGGUUCCUGCGUGUCGACAACUGCUUAUGGUACGUCUUAGGUAUCUUCCUGACGCAGCCGCAGCAGGUUCUGCCGCAGUGGUGGCCCCUGCGGGUAGUAGUGCUGUCGGCAUCAGUAGGUGCAACAGUUCUUACUGCGGUGUACAGGUCAGCGCUGGUGGCCUUCCUUUUGGUGCCGCUUCCAGUGCCACCUAUCAACAGCCUGCAACAGCUGCUGCAGUCUGGCCUGCACUGGGGAGUCAGAGACAGCGGUGGAUGGGAAGAGUGGUUCAGAAACUCGCUGGACCCGACUUCACAGAGGAUCGCGGCGGGGUUCGAAUACGUCAGUGGUAUAGAAGGCGGGUUGACCAGGGUGUUGGAGGGGAACUUCGCCUUCAUGAACUCUGGCACCUUCCUGCGCUACCUCGUCGCUAGUAACUUCACCGACGGCUUCGGUGUAACCAAACUACACGUCGCUAAGGAGUGCUUUGUGCCCUUUAGGAUCGGUCUGGCGAUGCCGAGGUUCUCAGUGUUUACUUCGAGGUUCAACACCGUGGUGGCCAGGAUAGUGGAGGCCGGCAUGGUCACACGCUUGUUCCAAGACCUCCUUGAUGAGGCUGUACGGAAGCGACGCAGGAAGGCCAGAGAGAGAGAGGAGGGACUGAAGACAGACAUGCACGUCUCUCAGACCACUGUACUAGGCCUCUAUCACCUCCAGGUGAGUCUUAGUACAUGAGAGUACAUGGACGUGCUUGAUGGUAUAGGAGAGCAUUGUAUA